GUCAGAGGCAUCUGAAAGAGAGGCUGAGAGCUUUGUGCUGAGAGGCUCUCUCAGUCCUGAGGAUGAGAGCAGCCAGGGUGGGAAGAUCCUGGAGAUUUAACUACAGAACAUCAGGCAGUGAGAUAGCCGAAGCUUAAAUGUUUGCAUGCAUGUUCGGUUUUUUCACAUGCAAGCCAUGCGCAUUUUACCAAGCACACAAAAACAUCCUGCUUUUUACCCAUUUCCUGGGGCUCCAUUUCUGGUAGUGAUGCAUUCUUGGAUAGAUAAAAAAAGGUGGCGAAUUCAGAAUAACAACCAUGUGAUUGGCAAGCUCAUCAGUUGGUGGCACUACUUCAUUUUCUGGAGAGCCUAUACUUUUCUUACAAGUGCAUGUAGCCUCCUUGCUUCCUAGGAUUCUUCUCAGCCAGCAAAGAAACAAAAAGGAGGAAGUGCUCAAGGGAGCAAUGGGAAUUGAAGGCCAUGGUCACUUGAGAUAAAUGGCAGAUCACUGGGGAUCUAGUCUUACAGCUGCUCACUUAGGCCUGUUUCCUCUCUGCAGCCUACAUUUGUUUUCUGUGAGCUGCCACUGGCUCUUCUGGUGGUGGCGCUGGAGACACCAAGGCAGCUUGAUAGGUGCCAAACUUGAGGCAAGAUUAAGCCACCCACCUCAUCAUGAUUCAGCUGUGGAAAGUGGUGAGGCAUGUGCGACAGUUAGAGCUCCACAGACUGAUUCUGCUGCUUAUUGCCUUCAGCCUGGUCUCCAUGUGCUUCCUGGCUUACUAUGUCACUAACAGUCCCAAAAUCAAGGAACCACCCCCUCUGCCCUUCAGCGAUUGCAGUAAUCAACACAGGAUCCUCAUCCAGCCCCAGGCAAGCUGGAGGCUUACAAAAUCAGUGGACAACUCACGCACAGACCCUGUGGUGCUAGUUUUUGUGGAAAGCAUUUAUUCCCAAUUGGGUCAAGAGAUUGUGGCCAUCUUAGAAUCUAGUCGGUUUAAAUACAGGACAGAGAUUGCUCCUGGAAAGGGAGAUAUGCCCACUCUAAUGGACAAGGACCAUGGUCGCUAUGCUCUUAUUAUCUAUGAGAAUAUCCUUAAAUAUGUGAACCUGGAUACCUGGAACAGGGAUCUUUUGGACAAAUACUGUGUGGAAUAUGGAGUAGGAAUCAUCGGUUUCUUCAAGGCAAAUGAGAACAGCUUACUUAGUGCUCAGCUCAAAGGCUUUCCUCUCUUCCUACAUUCCAAUUUGGGACUGCGAGAUUAUCACAUCAAUCCCAGUGCCCCACUUCUGUAUGUUACCCAGGCUAAUGAAGUGGAACAGGGCCCUCUGCCUGGGGACGAUUGGACGGUGUUCCAGUCAAAUCACACAACCUACGAACCUGUAUUGAUGGCCAGCACCAAAUCGUCUGAGUCAAUCCCUCACCUGACUACGCACAGAGCUCUGCAUGCCACAGUGGUGCAGGAUCUUGGUCUCCAUGAUGGUAUCCAGAGGGUUCUUUUUGGUAAUAAUCUCAAUUUCUGGCUGCACAAGCUCAUCUUUGUUGAUGCGAUUGCUUACCUGACUGGCAAGCGUCUCUGUCUGACCCUUGACCGCUACAUCCUUGUGGACAUUGAUGAUAUCUUUGUGGGCAAAGAGGGGACACGCAUGAAGGUGUCUGAUGUAGAGGCUCUUUUAAACACUCAGAACAAGUUGAGGGCUCUGGUUCCCAAUUUCACUUUCAAUCUGGGAUUCUCUGGGAAAUUCUACCACACUGGUACAGAUGAGGAAGAUGAAGGAGAUGAUACGCUCUUGAAGAAUAGGAAGGAAUUCUGGUGGUUUCCUCAUAUGUGGAGUCACAUGCAGCCACAUCUCUUUCACAACGUUACUGUGUUGGCAGAGCAAAUGAAACUCAACAAGCAGUUUGCUUUGGAACAUGGGAUUCCCACAGAUAUGGGCUAUGCAGUAGCCCCCCACCACUCAGGGGUUUAUCCGGUUCAUGCCCAACUCUAUGAAGCAUGGAAAACUGUUUGGGACAUUCAGGUGACUAGCACAGAGGAAUAUCCUCAUCUUCGACCUGCUCGAUAUCGACGAGGGUUCAUCCAUAACGGAAUCAUGGUGUUGCCUCGCCAGACUUGUGGUCUUUUUACUCACACUAUAUUCUAUAAUGAGUAUCCUGGUGGCUCCAAGGAAUUAGACAAGAGCAUUCGUGGUGGUGAACUUUUCCUGACAGUGCUCCUGAACCCAAUCAGCAUCUUCAUGACCCACUUGUCCAAUUACGGCAAUGACCGGCUUGGGCUCUACACUUUUGAAAGCCUUGUCAAAUUUGUGCAGUGCUGGACCAAUCUUCGUAUUCAGACUUUGCCUCCAAUCCAGUUGGCCAAAAAGUAUUUUGAAAUAUUUUCAGAGGAAAAGAACCCUCUGUGGCAGAACCCUUGUGAUGACAAGCGGCAUAAGGAUAUCUGGUCAAAAGAGAAGACAUGUGACCGGCUUCCCAAGUUCCUUAUUAUUGGUCCUCAAAAAACUGGAACAACUGCUGUGCAUUUCUUUCUCUCUAUGCAUCCAGCUGUGACUAGCAAUUUCCCAAGCCCAUCCACCUUUGAAGAAAUCCAGUUCUUUAAUGGACCCAACUAUCACAAAGGAAUUGAUUGGUACAUGGAAUUCUUCCCCAUCCCUUCUAAUGCCAGCACAGACUUCAUGUUUGAGAAAAGUGCCAAUUACUUUGAUACCGAGGUAGUCCCUAAACGAAGUGCAGCUCUUCUUCCACAGGCCAAAAUCAUUGCUGUCCUUAUCAACCCUGCUGACCGAGCCUACUCUUGGUAUCAGCAUCAACGUGCUCACAAUGACCCUGUGGCGCUUAACUACACUUUUUACCAGACCAUUUCUGCUGGACCCCAGGCCCCUCAAGAGCUGCACAAUCUACAGAGUCGUUGUCUGAAUCCUGGAUUAUAUUCAACACAUCUGGAGAGAUGGCUAACAUACUUUCCAUCAGGACAGAUUCUGGUAGUUGAUGGGCAGGAGCUUCGACACAGCCCCUCCCCCAUUAUGGACAGCAUUCAACGGUUUCUGGGAAUUACACCACUGCUCAACUACACACAAGCACUAAAGUAUGAUGACACAAAGGGAUUUUGGUGCCAGCUGCUUGAUGGAGGAAAGACUAAAUGCCUGGGGAAGAGUAAAGGGAGAAAAUAUCCAGAGAUGGAUUCCUCGUCCCGCAUGUUCCUGGCAGAUUUCUACCAUGAGCACAACAUUGAAUUAUCCAAGUUGCUGAAUACGGUCAGGCAGCCUCUCCCCACGUGGCUCAGGGAGGAGCUGCAGAAUUCGAGCUGGAGCUGAAGCCCAGAUCUCCACGAGCAAGACUGCCAAACAAACUCAAGAGGGAGCCCUCGGGAAGGACACAUAUGUGCGUGCGCACACACAUACACACACCACUGCCAACUUUUUUGAAUCACCCAGAGAGGGAGGAGGAAGCGUGCCAUCUGUGGGCGAACCAUGCACCUUCAACUAUUUAUGGUUUGAUGCAGCUGAGAGAAACCUUCAGACCAUAAUUGCACAAGAUACUGUGCGGUAGUUGCCCACUGUUCCCAAAUUCUAUGGUAAAUAACAUAGGAAUGUGUGUAGCCUGUAAUUCCCAGAUGCAAGGAAGCUGAAAACAGCAUCUCCAAGGAGCAGAAGCAUGCAAAUGUGUAGGCUACUGUGACAUUUCUUGUUAAUGUCCGAAAUGCUCAGGAAACUAGCAAGUGAAUGUCUUACUAUUUGUGACAGCUCUGUUACGUAUAGGGUGGUGUUUCCAAAAUUCUUAGUCAUAGACACCCAGUGGCAUUUUCUUAAUUCCAUUUUAGUUGUUUCAUUGUUUCUACCCCAGGGGUCAGGGAAGCAAAAUAGGUGACGUCACUAGAAUGGUACAGACAUUCUCAGACAGAAAGUGGUUUGUGACAAGUAUAAGAUGGAGAGAAAUCCAAUGGGUUCUUUUCAGCUGCUGCAAGAAACGUAUCUUCAUCUGGGAUGAAAAGUUGUCCUCUGAUGCCCGCUGCAUGGAUUUUUCUUCUGCAUUUAGUUGUUAGUCGUCGCCUUUCAUUCCUUUUUGAGCACAGCAAGGAGAUUAUGAUUGAGAGGGAACAGAAUUGGUACAAAACUUGUCACUUUGCCUCAAGUGAGUCUCCAGUUUCCUUGUAGAACCUAUUCCUGUCUUAUCUUCUGCCUUGCUACCACAGUCUCUUGGAGUACAAAGCAGUUCCUUGCCCAUCUCUCAAACAUGCCUUAUGUACAGCGGCCCAGCAACUCCUAAGAAAACCAGUGCUGAGCUCACUGGAAAUAGGCAGACUUAGACAGGGAGACACCUUGGGGCAACAUCUGUAACUCGGUGCGUUCAUUGAACCAGGGAAGAAAGUGAUUUCAACCAAGCUUUCGCAUUGAGCCUUAGUUGUUGUGCAUUUUUAAUUGUGAAUUUACCAUUGUCUGUAAAUAUAUAAUAUGGACUUUAUAAUAUCUCAUUCAAUGUGUCCCCAAGCAGCGGGAAAUGUUGUGUAACCAAAAAUGUAACCCACCAACCUAAAACCCUGUGGCUGAAGAAAGAAAGGGGGAAAAAGUGCUGUUCUUCCUGCACUGGAUUCAUGUAUAUUGUCAUUCACAUUGAAUGAUACAAAUAAAUUCUUGGCUCUUGCAGCUGAGCACAAUGUCUAAAUAAAAAUUAGACAUAGCAUUUGGAUCAA